GAGACAGCGUCUUCUUCUCCUCUUCGUCUUCGUCUUCCUGCCGCCGCCGAGGAGCCGAGCAAAAUACAAUAAUAAUCCAUCAUCGGAGACGAGCACGAGCACGAGCACGCGCAUCAAUCAUCGUAGAGUGACUCAUCGGAGGAGGCGUGCGCGAACAAGGGGAGAAAAUUCCACCUUUCCUUUUCUUUUCUUUUCUUUUCCCCCCCUUGUAUUCUCUUAUUAUUAAAAUCCCAACCCCGUAAUCCGUACCCCACCCACCCGCGCCCAUCGCCGGCGGCGCCCAGAUCGCCACCGAUCGCCUCCGCCGGUGGGCACCUCUUCCGCCGCCUCCUGCAUCACCUUAAUCCCUCUUCUAGCGGCGGUUGCUCCACGUCUCCGGAGGAGGGAGGGAGGGAGGGAGGAGGCAACUCGGGGCGUUGGACCGGGCUCCCACGGCGACGCCCAUGGUUGACAACCAGGGCUGCUCGCCGGCGCUCGAGCCCGUGCCCACGCCGUCCAACCCCGACCCCUCAUCCAUCUCGCAGGAGGCCUGGGAUCCCCUCGAGGCCGCCGCCGGAGCCGUCGUCGCCCGGAUCCAGCCCAACCCGCCCUCCGAGGACCGCCGCGCCGCCGUCAUAGCCUACGUCCAGGGCCUCCUCAGGUUCAACGUUGGCUGCCAGGUCUUUCCAUUUGGAUCUGUUCCGUUGAAAACUUAUCUUCCUGAUGGAGAUAUUGAUUUGACUGCCUUUGGCCAUUCAAGUGAUGAAAUUUUAGCAAAACAAGUACAGGCUGUUUUAGAAUCAGAAGAGGCAAGGAAAGACGCUGAAUUUGAAGUCAAGGAUGUCCAAUAUAUUCAUGCAGAGGUCAAGUUGGUGAAAUGCAUUGUUCAAAACAUCAUUGUAGACAUCUCAUUCAAUCAGUUUGGUGGACUGUGUACCCUUUGUUUUCUCGAGAAGGUUGAUCAAAAAUUUGAAAAAAACCACCUUUUCAAGAGAAGUAUAAUGCUGAUAAAAGCUUGGUGUUAUUAUGAAAGCCGCAUUCUUGGUGCUCACCAUGGAUUAAUUUCUACCUAUGCAUUGGAGAUAUUGGUGUUAUAUAUUUUCCAUCUCUUCCAUGGAACAUUGGAUGGUCCACUAGCUGUUCUCUAUAGGUUUCUGGACUACUAUAGCAAAUUUGACUGGGACAAUAAGGGUAUAAGCUUGUAUGGCCCUAUUUCCUUGUCUUCCCUGCCUGAGCUAGUUACUGACUCUCCAGACACGGUUAAUGAUGAUUUUACUAUGCGAGAGGACUUUCUCAAGGAAUGUGCACAGUGGUUUACUGUACUCCCUAGAAACUCUGAGAAAAAUACUCAGGUCUUUCCCCGAAAAUUUUUCAACAUAGUGGACCCAUUGAAGCAGAGUAACAAUCUAGGGCGCAGUGUCAGCAAAGGUAACUUCCUCCGGAUACGCAGUGCAUUUGAUUUUGGUGCCCGGAAGCUUGGGAAGAUUCUUCAAGUGCCUGACAAUUUUACUGUGGAUGAAGUGAAUCAAUUCUUCAGGAACACAUUGAAGAGACACUGCAGUAGGGUAAGGCCUGAUGUGCAAGAAAUAGCUCUGGACUUCAAUGGUGAAAGAGCCGACAACGAUAGUUCGCCUUUAUACAGUAAUAAUUCCUUUGGUGAUCUAUCUGAUGAGUUCAAUAACAUCAGCAUUUCAGAUUCCAGCAACCAUGGGUCGCUAAGGCAAAAUGGAUGGAAUUAUGUGGCUGAGAACAAGGAAAGGAAGUCUGUUUCUGGUGGCUGGCUGGCAAGCAAAGCAACAAAUCCUGCAGCUACUAAUUCAACUGGUAUGACGAAUGGCAGUGACUCUUGUGAGCCUGCAUCACCAUCAAUUACCGGAGCACAUAGCUUGCCAUCUGAGGAAGGUCAUGACGCACUGGAUCUCUUUAAUGAGUCAGAAAGUGGUACGAAGGCUGGCAUAAAGUAUGACACAAACCCAUCACACCAUGGAAUGUCAACAGUGAGUUACGCAGGCAGAUCCCACCAGUCCUUUGAAGAGGUGGAUAAUGAUGAUAGAGGUACCAUUGAUAGCAAUUGGUCAGAUCUCACCGGAGACUACACAACAAAUUUUAAUAAUCUUCUCUAUGCUCAAGGGUUCCACCAAGAUUAUCCAAUGAACCAAUAUUAUCCAUUUGGUCCAGUGUACUAUCAAAUGCCUUCCCCACCACCUGCACGAUAUCAGAAUAGGCGAUCAUCAAAUGGUCAUAGCAGAAAUAAUGUGUAUGGAUAUGCUGGUACAAAUGGAAUAGGCCCUGCUCCUUGUCCACCAGGUUAUUUAAUUAUGAGGACAUAUAGUCAAAUAGAUGAUUCACAUCGAGCUCGUGGAACUGGCACAUACUUCCCUAACCCAAACUUGUCCAAAGACAGGUCACCUUCUGGACGAGGCGGAAGGGGAAAAACUCAUUUCCUGUCACAUAACCAUCAAAGACCACACCACUACGGUAGAGCUGAUAUGUCAGCAGAUUUGACUCCUUCGGAGGAAUUGAGACAUAUUUAUGAUCCUGAUGCAAAUGACUUGGGAAUCCCCUCUUCACUGCACAUAUCAAUACCUUCUCCAUCUUCGGAAUCUCCAAGGGAAAUUGUGCAUGGCAAUGGUUUUAUUCAGCCUCCAGCUAAGAAACUUGAGUUUGGGACCUUGGGAGCAUUGCCUUUGGAAGUUACAUCCCAAGAGCUUGGUAUUAACAGAUUGAAUACUGCUUCUGACAGCCAACCUUCUGCAUCUGCAAGCCCUAUGUCUCUGGCACAUAAUCCUGGAAUUAGUUCUAAUCAAAUGAGGAAUGCUCAGCCAUAUCAUCUCAAGGACAACGGUGAUUUCCCACCGCUAUCUAGUUGAUGCCAUAUAGUUCAUUGCAUAUCAGAGGCAACUUGGUCCAAGAAAAGAUACUGAUAAAUGGUGCGAGCACUUGGUGCAACAAUAGCAGGGGUUAUUCCACAAGACAAACAUCAUCCAUCAUGUACAUCCUAUCAUUAACUUCACAUUCUCCUAUCUUCAAUUCACCCUUGCUGUUGCUUUCCAAAAAAGAAAGAAAAAAAAACAGAAGGCUGAUGCAUCGCAGCUUGCUCUGCCAUAACAUUCCCUGCAAAGGAAAUAUGGAGGAAAGAUAGAAGCACAAUGUAGAUACUUAUGUUCUCUUUACCUUUGUCCCCUUGAAGAGGGAACAAGUGUGGUAAAGUCAAAAAAUGCUAGAAAGAGGGUGAGCUGUGUCUUGCUCUGUUGUUUUGACCUCAUGAGCAUUCCAGUUACUGGAGGGCUCAUUGAGUGUGCUCUGUUUUGGUUUGGAGAGGCCUUCUGUUGAAAGGCCCCAUUGUUUGAAGUAACAUUUGCUGCCUCAAGCAAUGGGUAGUUAUAGGGGAUAGAUAUGUACGAAACUUUCACUAGAUUUACUGUCUUCAUAGAAGCAGUUUAGUUAGUCUAUACUAGCUCAGAGUAAAAAUGAUCCUUUUACUUUGCCUGUUGUGCUUCACAUGUCUUUUUUUUUGUAACUAAUUUGACUUGUAACAUAGUUUUGCUCUGCUGUUGUUAGCUCGGCUCCAGGUUAAGAGAAAGUGGUAUGAUUUUGAGUAACACAA